CAAUGAAACAUGAAACAGUGAGAAAAAAAUUCAACGAAAAUUACGUGGAUUUUGAGGUGACUCCGGGAGUGAAAUGUUGAGUCUUUUUGGUACUGUGAAGAACUACCAUUGGGGCAAAAAGGGCCCCCAAUCACUUGUCUAUCGCCUGGCUGUGCUAAAUGCCCAAUCAGACGCAAAAUUGAGUGAAAAUGAGGCAUAUGCCGAACUCUGGAUGGGAAAUCAUGUCAUGGACCCUUCUCUUGUGAAGGACACCCGCCAACCACUUGGUGCAUACCUUGCAAAGCAACCUCCAGAGGUCGUGGGGUCAACUGGUGACUUGUCAUUCCUCCUCAAAGUACUCAGCAUUGAGACAGCGCUGAGUAUUCAAGUUCAUCCCAACAAAAAGGAAGCAGAGGAGCUUCAUAAACUCUUCCCGGACGUCUACAAGGAUGACAAUCACAAGCCAGAAAUGGCUAUUGCUUUGACACCCUUCCUGGCACUCUGUGGAUUUCGUCCAGUUGACAAAAUCCUUGAUUUUCUCAAAACUUUCCCGGCCGUUGCUGAACUUCUUGGGGAGGAAAAUGUUCAAAAACUCCAAAAAGACUCUGGCACUGAAGGUCAUUCUGAAGGUCUGAAGGCAUGUUUUACGAGAUUGAUGGAAUCCACUCCGGAGGAGAUUGCAAAAUGCCUGGAAGCAACGAAGAAGCAAAUGGAAGUUGCCAUGGAACCAGAAAAUAUCCUCCUAAAGACAUUCCUCACACUCCAGAGAGAUUUUCCCGGUGACGUGGGCAUUCUCACUGUGUUCUUCCUCCAUAUCGUUGAGCUAAAGCCAGGAGAAGCGAUCUUCCUCUCAGCCAAUGAACCCCAUGCCUACAUUUCUGGGGAUUGCAUCGAAGCAAUGGCAUGUUCGGACAAUGUUAUUCGUGCAGGAUUGACACCAAAGCCAAAGGACAUUCCCACACUCAUUCGUCACCUCAAGUAUCAUCCGCAGCCGCUGGCCAGCAAGAUCUUUACACCACAGAAGCUCAAUGGGGAUGAUUUUGUGGACCUCUUCUCACCUCCAGUGAAAGAUUUCGCUGUGAUUCGCUACAGAAUCCCAGCAGGUGUGAAGGAACAUUCUGUAAAGCUUAAGAAUCAUGCCUCUGUGCUGAUUAUUCUCUCCGGGAAGGCGAAAUUGGAGUGUCCGGGAAGUCCAGGAAUCGCCGUGAGUCCUGGAUCAGUCAUCUUCCUACCCGGAAACAUUGGAAAUCAACUGAAUAUCCAAAAGGAAGCAGCAGAGGAACUUUUUGAGGCUUAUCAAGCAACUUACAAUGAUUUUUAGAAGGUUUUCUUUGUGGCAGAAAAAUCUCAGGAUCAUUGCUCGUUAUUUCGAUGAGAAAGUCACAGCUAUUGCUGUUGAGAUUAAUGUGAAUCUAUUAGAUUUUAUUUAAUAAAUUUAUUUAAAAAUGUU